CCGGACCCCGAAGAGAACAUACCGGCAUACGUAACGUCCCCAUUCAAGGGACUUGUAUCAGAAGUAGCCGAAGGGCAAGCACGGAGCAUACCAAGAGGCGUCUCUAUCGGAGGCCUGGCAACAUCAACUACCAAAAGGAAGUCUGUCAAGACUAAGAGAGGCCGUAUAAAGUGUCUCUCUGAAUCCGACACCUGUCAUCUUGACACUAGACUCACUGGGCUCGGCUCAUCCAGACACUGUCAUGAAACUCAAAGAGUAUAUCGCCCAAGAGGGAAAGACAAAACGGUCUAUGGUCUCGAAGAUACACAGAUCUACGUCGGGCACAGCAGAAGCGAUCCCCAUGCAACGGAACUUUGUCGAUUGCGGCAUUUAUGCCCUGGAAUAUUUCAAAAAGUUCAUUAACGACCCGAAGGAGUUCACACGGAAAUUACUUAUGGGCCGCAUGGACGCUCAAGAAGAUUGGCCUGAGCUAGAUUCUUCUUUGUUGCGAAGAGAGUUGAGAGAACUGUGCCAAAAACUCUAUAAAGAACAAGAGGAGGUCAGGGCAGAACAAAGACGCCUUAAACUUGGAGCAAGGUCGAAGGUCGCUGGUCAUUCGAAGAAGCCGGAACAGGCAGUGUCGUCCACCAGGGACAAAGACGUAUCGCCGGUAGCAGUUGAGAAUACACUUGACGAUGAUGGCACAGCGCACAAAUACCCCAGCGGAACCGCGGAAGCCGUUACUAAGCAGACUGUUGCUGAUCGUAUUGGGACGCGGCAGAGUGCUUCUCCAUGCACGCCGCUACUCCUCGCCAAUGAAUCGGGAUCAGCUGCAUCAGUUGAGCGUUCAGACCCGCAAGAUGACGAGGAUAUCUCAAAACCCAACCUUUUAGUCGCUCCUGAUGCACUUCAAGGCAUCCCGGAAGCUUCCGAGGCACUAAACGAGAAGCAGCCCGAGAAGUCUUCCUUUACGCACAAGCCAUCGGAUGUGCUUGAUAAAGCAUCCCCUGAGGUUGCAGCAUUGGAUGCGGCGAGUCUAACAGAGGGGAAGACAUCGGGCUUUGGAUCUAUCGAUCCAGUCUUCGUCAACUCACAAGAUAGUGGUACUCUCUUCGAUGAUGAUAAUAAGAAGGAUGAAUUUCACGUUCGUCAUCAUCAUUCGUCUCCAGCUGCGGCAAUAGACGAGACUCCAACCCCUGAGCGACAGCUCGGUUCUGAUCACCCCGAACUCGAGAACAGGACAAUCUUCGAGGAUCUGAACAGAUUGUCAGCCGCUACAGAUACCCCAAAACCUCAACCUGCAAAGGUACGUUUAAAAUCAAACAGCCCUACUGCAAUUAGAACACCACGGCCAUCGGGCAGGAAGAGACGCGGGGGCAUGCCCCCGAAGCAGGUGCCUGGACCGGAUGAUAGCAUCAUUGAGAUUGACUAGAUCGGGUUGAACUGUCUCGUCGGAUCACGACUUCUUUUCAGAUAAUUCGGCUGGUGUCUGGCGUUCCAUGGUUUUUGAACCUCGAUUUCAUUUUUCUGUCUUCUCAAAUCUGCAUUGCCAAGGGAGUGCGGUGCAUACGGGUCAUUGAUAGGAGCAGAUUCCGAACCCCCUGCGAAGCGAUUGAACUAAAAGCAUGGCGUCUUGAUUUGCGUAGUCACCGUCAUAUGAACUGUAAAAAGUAGCG